CGUUUCCUGACCCGUUUCUCUCCUCAUUCCCGCCGCCGCAGCCUCGCUAGGGUUUCCGCGCCGCCGCCGCUGCACCCCUAGCAGCAGCAGCCGCAGCCGCCAUGGCGCCGCCGGGCAGCUCCGUCGACCCCAAGUCGGCAAAAAAGUACAAGAAAUCAUCAAACUCCAAGGACGAGAGGAAGCGCAGGAAGGAUAAGCGCGUUCCUCCUACCGCCGCCGCCGACGAAGCGCCUCUCCGCAACGAGGCCAAGCGCAAGCACAAGGACGGGCAGGAGCACGGCAAGAAGCCCAAGAAGGAGAAGAAUGCCGAGGCCGAGGCCACGGGGGCGGGUGAGGCGAGGCGCGGGCACGACAGGAUGAGGCGGGCGAUGGAGGACGAGCGGUUCGCGGGGGCGCGCACCGACCCGCGGUUCCGGCCGAUGCGGCGGAAGGAGGCCAAGGUGGCCCUCGACUCGAGGUUCGACGGCAUGCUCACCAACCCGAUGUUCGCCUCGUCCGAGGCGCCCGUGGACAAGCGGGGCAGGCGCCGCAAGAAGAGCGCCAGGGAGAACCCCAUGCUGCACUACUAUCUCAACCAAGAGGAGGGGGGUGAGAAGGAGAAGGAGAAAGAGAAGCUGGUUCGUGAAGAGGAGGAGGAGGAUGAGCCGGAUGAAGCAGACGAGCAAGAUGAUGAAGAGAGUUCUAGUAGCGAUGAUGAUGAGGAGGAGGAUGCGGAGGACGAUGACCAGUACUCUGUCGGCAGUGACAUUGCUCAUUACUUGAUGGCGAGGCAUGAUGAUACCCCUAUGACUGAUAAGGAAACUCACAGGCUUGCUGUUGUUAAUAUGGACUGGGAUCAUAUCAAGGCGGUGGACUUGUAUAUGGUGAUGACAUCCUGCGUCCCGAAAGGUGGGCGAGUUCUGUCAGUCUCGAUAUAUCCAUCAGAAUUUGGACUGGAGUGCAUGAAUAUUGAGACAACUCAAGGCCCAUCUGCUCUUAUUGGUGCCGAUGAGGAUGAGGAUGAUGAUAAGGAUGACGAUGAUGGUGAUGAUGGUGGGGAAGAUGAUAACGAUGGCGAUGAAGACUAUGACAGUGAUGAUGUUGAUGGCGAAGAAGAUAGUGAACAUGACUCUGAGACCGAGAACAGCAGGCUGCGUGCUUAUGAGCUAAACAAACUGAGGUACUACUAUGCAGUUGUGGUGUGUGAUUCCAGUGCAACUGCAAAUCACCUAUACACCACUCUUGAUGGUACUGAGUUCUUGAAAACGGCAAAUGUGUUUGAUUUACAGUUCAUUCCUGAUUCUAGGGAGUUCAAGCAUGCUGCUCGCGAUGUAGCCACAGAGGCACCUCCUAGUUACAAGGAGCCUGAUUUUGAAACUCGUGCUUUGCAACAUAGCAAAGUUAAUCCCACCUGGGAUGAUGAUGAACCAGAUCGUAAGAAGAUCUUGAGGCGGAAGUUCAAAGAGGAUCAGUUAGAUGACCUUGAAAUAUUUUUGGCAAGUGAUGACAGUUCAGAUGAUGAUGUAGACGAUUCCGGUGAUGAGUCUAGACCAAAUGGUGUAGCAAAAAGAAAGUUAACAAAUAAGGAAAGGUUGGCUCUUUUACUGGAAGGAGAUAAAUCUGACGAGGAAGAGAAUGAUGACCAGGACAUGGAGAUAACAUUCAACACCGAGCUUGAGGACCUCAGCAAACGUAUUCUUGAGAGAAAGAGCACCGAGACGAAGAAGACUGUCUGGGAGAUGCACCAAGAAAAAAUGAAGGAGAAGCGGAAAGCUAGGAAGAGGUCGUCAAAGGAUGAUGAUGGAUCUAGUGAUGAAGAUAGCGCUGAUGAAAAGGAUGAUUUCUUUGAGGACGAUAAGUCUGAUGAAGAAGUUAAGCCAGUCAAGAAACAGAAGGUGAAGGCCAAAGGGAAAGGAAAGGACAAGCUUCCAGAGGAUGAACAUUUCGAGCCAGAAGCAACCAAAGAAGAGUUGGAGCUCUUGGUUGCUGCUGAGCAGGAUGCAGCCAAUGGUGCAAAGGGUUAUAACAUAAAACGCAAGAGCAAGAAGGGCAAAAAGGGCAAGGAUUCGGUCGAGGACAAACUUCCUGAAAUCGAUCUUAGCGAAGACCCGAGGUUCGCGCCCAUGUUCACGUCUCAUCUGUAUGCAUUGGAUCCUACCGAUCCCCAGUACAAGAGGAGUGCCACCUUCGUGCGAAAACAAGGUGGGAAGAAGGGUGCGCGUGCACGCACAUUGGAUAGUGAACCACCUGUGGAGGAAUCACCUCUUGGAAAUCCAGAUGAUGCAUCUUCUAAGAACACGAAUCAGAAACGCGGUGGGUCAUCCACGGAGAAACUGCAGAUGCUGUCUGCUGUCAAUUCUCUCAAAAGGAACCUUUCUGCGUUUAAAAAAGCAAGGAAGAGUGACCCAUAGAGAAGAAUGUCGUUCGUUUUGCUCCUUAUACAUGUUCUUUGGUGAAAAUGCAUCAGAAGUCAGCCGAUGGAUUUGCUUUUGAAUAGCUUGAAGGUUUUGUGUUUAUGUGCGAGUA